GGUUGAGUUAGAUUCAAAUAAUUUUAGAACAUCCGAUUGCUGCGAGUUAUUAUGGUAUUUCGUGGUGGAUUGGAUUUGUUGGUCGGGUUUUUGAGCAAAAUAUUCCGACUUUGCUGAAACGGUUUUACUUGUUACACAUCUUUCUUUUACAAACUCCGGCGACUGUUCUGGAACCCCUUUUGGUGUUUCCUUUCCUCGUCAAUACUUGCAGAAGUAAGAUAUCUCAGUUUUCAAGUUUGCAUUUAUUUUGGAUUUAGUAAUAACGGAUAUGGGAACCAAGAAUAUUAUUUGGAACGUGUGUAAGAAGUAUCUAACUAUCGGGCUUGUGGGCAUCACUUUAACAGACCGUUAUGCUGGAGUAUGCCCUAUCCGAGGUUCAUCUAUGUCUCCAACGUUUAAUCCUUCUUUGGGAUCAUUUACAGAUGAUUAUGUUUUCUUGGAGAAAUUUUGCCUUGACAAAUACAAGUUCUCACAUGGUGAUGUAGUAAUUUUCAGCUCCCCAACUAAUUACAAGGAGAGAUGUGUGAAAAGAAUAGUCGCCAUGGAAGGUGACUAUAUCAGUAAUGUGAAUGGUGCUUCAAAGGUCCCUGAAGGACAUUGCUGGGUUGAGGGAGAUAAUUCAGCUUCUAGCUUUGAUUCAAGAUCAUUUGGCCCGAUUCCGUUAGGAUUGAUUCAUGGAAGAGUUACUCACGUGAUCUGGCCGCCACAAAGAAUGAGAAAAGUUGAUAGAAGAAUUCGUGAAGACGGACUUGCUUUCUGAUCAUGCGAAUAUCGUUGUGUCAUUACAUCUGUAUUCAUCUUAUUGUUUGAUCUUCAAUUUUCUAUUCCUGAAACUGAAAUGCAUAAACAAUCAGUCUUGAACUUGUUUCUUGC